AUUUUAGGCUUCUCGACCCCGCCUGGGAGGCUCUCCAUGAUGGCUUUCAUCCUCAAUGCACUCACCUGCGCUCUGGGCUUGCUGUACUUCAUCCGCCGAGGAAAGCAGUGCCUGGAUUUCACAGUCACGGUUCACUUCUUCCACCUUCUGGGCUGCUGGAUUUAUAACUCGCACUUUCCCUCCACCCUGACGUGGUGGCUGGUGCACAUCGUGUGCACCGCACUGAUGGCCGCGAUCGGCGAGUACCUCUGCAUGAGGAUAGAACUCAGAGAAAUCCCCCUCAGCUCUGCCCCCAAAUCCAACGUAUAG